AUGGACGCCCAACUUUGGGACGAUGUCGCCGAGAGGCUCAACUCGUACAUCGACGCCAUCCCGUCCGGUUUCCCCCAAUAUGCUGUCGCCGCGGUCGCAAUCGCCUUUAGCAUAUGGUUACUGCUCCUGACUCGAUCCUCGAACGAAGACAAGGCCAUAGCCUACACCGUCCCGCCGCCCAGGAUCCCCGAGAAAUACUCCAUCGUCGAGGAGACCAAGGUGAAGGUCGCCAGCACAACCGCAAUCCAAUGCUACGCCCCUGCCACGGGCCAGUUUCUUGCGUUCGUCAACCCCUCCACGCCCGCCUCGAUCGACCGAGCCGUCAACGCCGCCCACGCAGCCCAGGCCAAAUGGAAGCAUACAUCUUUCCGCGAGCGCCGCCAAGUGCUGCGAUCCAUGCUCAAGCACGUCCUCGAUAACCAGGAAGCGAUCUGUCGCGCCGCCUGCCUCGACUCCGGGAAGACCAUGGUCGACGCUCAGCUGGGUGAGAUCCUAGUCACCGUUGAGAAGCUCACAUGGACCCUGAAGCACGGCGAGAAGGCUCUCACGCCUGAGCGGAGACCCACGAACUUGCUGAUGGCAUAUAAGCGCAACGAGGUACGGUACGAGCCGCUCGGUGUCGUCGGCGCACUUGUCAGCUGGAACUACCCGUUCCAUAACCUCAUCGGGCCCAUCAUCUCGAGCAUCUUUGCUGGCAACGGUGUGAUUGUCAAGGUCUCCGAGCAGACUGCUUGGAGCUCUCAGUACUUUACCAGCAUUGCGAGAGGUGCGCUUAUUGCCCAUGGACAUGACCCCGCUUUGAUCCAGUCGGUCGUUUGCUGGCCCAACAUCGCGGAUCACAUUACGUCCCACCCCAGGAUCUCGCAUAUCACCUUCAUCGGCUCCCGUCCUGUGUGCCUCAAGGUUGCGGCUGCAGCCGCGAAGACGCUCACGCCCAUGAUAGCAGAGCUCGGCGGUAAAGAUCCGUCUAUUCUUCUCGAUUCUGCUGCCAAGGACCUGAAGCGCAUCGUUGAGAUCCUCAUGCGUGGAACCUUCCAAGCCUCGGGACAGAACUGCAUCGGUAUUGAACGCAUCAUCGCAACCCCGAAGCUCUACAGAGAGCUCGUCGCUAUACUCGCUCCCAAAGUCCAAGCCCUCCGCCUUGGUCCCAAGGCCGACGUCGGUGCCAUGAUCUCCGACGCCUCCUUCGACCGUCUGGAAUCCCUGGUCGACAAGGCCGUCAAGCAGGGCGCCCGCCUACUCGCCGGCGGCAGCCGACACAUCCACCCAGAACAUCCCAAGGGCCACUACUUCACCCCAACACUUCUGGUCGACGUCACCCCGGACAUGGAAAUUGCCAAGGAGGAGUGCUUCGGUCCCGUCAUGACCAUCAUGCGCGCCCCCGGCCCCGACGCAGACUCUGUUCUCUCCGUCGCCAAUGCCCCAGAUUUCGGCCUCGGCGCUUCCGUCUUUGGCGGGGAUAAUGACCCCGUCCUGCACGCUGUCGUCGACGGCCUGAAGACCGGCAUGGUUGCCGUCAACGACUUCGGCGCGACCUACGCAGUCCAGCUCCCCUUCGGUGGUGUCGGCGGUUCAGGCUACGGACGGUUCGCCGGCGAGGAGGGCCUCAGGGGCCUCUGCAACGCAAAGAGCAUCUGCGCUGAUCGUCUCGGCUGGGCCGGCGUCCGUACCGCAAUCCCACCCCCUGUCAAGUAUCCCGUCCCCGACCAGGAGCGGAGCUGGAGGUUCACGAGGGGCGUCGUCGGCGUUGGAUACGGUCUCGGAGUCGGCGGCAAAAUCAAGGGCCUUUUCGAUAUUAUGAAGAACGCCUGA